AUGGCAGUCAUGUACAACAAAGACUUGGUCCACGAUGCCAUUCAGAACUCGCCGCCGUGGUACCGCAAUCCAAACUUGGUCAAGCUGUAUCUGCUGCUCCUCAGCCCCCUUCUAACCUCAACGGCAUGGGGAUUCGAUCUGAGCAUGACCAAUAGUUUGCAGUCAGUCGACAAGUUCAUGACAAACUUUGGCAAUCCGACCGGUGCGACUUUGGGCUUUUUCGGCGCCUCGAGCUCAGUCGGCGGCAUCGUCGCCUGCAUUAUCGGCGGGCCACUAAAUGAACGAUUCGGCCGUCGCAUGCUAUGCUUUGUCGGUGGCAUUAUUGUCAUCGCGAUGGGAAUUAUGCAGACCUUUUCCACCUCGUUUGGAAUGUUUUCUGGCGGAAAACUGCUCUUGGGUCUGGGAUCCAACCUUCAGCAGGUUGCUGGGCCAGUUCUCGUGACCGAGUUGGCACAUCCUAAACAACGUGUGGCCAUGACAUCCAUCUACAACACAAGCAUCUACAUUGGACUUACCAUCGGUGCGUGGAUCACAUUCGGUACUUUUGGUAUGGCGUCGGAUUGGUCUUGGAAGAUCCCCUGCAUUCUCCAAAUCAUGCUCCCUAUCUAUCAAGUCCUUACUAUCUGGUUCUGUCCGGAGAGUCCUAGGUGGCUUGUAUCGAAAGGUCGUAUUGAGGAGGCCCGCGAAAUCCUCGUCAAAUAUCACGGCAAUGGCGUUGAAGACGCCGUGGUACAGGCGGAACUGCACGAGAUCAUUGCCGGCGUUGAAGCCGACAAAACAAAACUGAAAUUCGAGUGGGACGGAAUCAAAACAAUCUUAGGCUCAAAGGGCAAUCGCCAUCGCCUUUGGUUAUGCUUCUGGACGGCUGUCGGCUCACAGUGUGCUGGCUCAAAUUUCAUUUCCACCUAUUUACCGGAGAUUCUCGACCAAAUCGGCAUGACCACCUCGAAGGAGAAGACACUGAUCAACGGUAUAUCAAGCAUCUGGUGCUGGGUCUGCGCCUUACUGGCGGCACUCCUGAUUCCACGGGUGACCCGUCGCCAAGUUUUCCUUUUCUCCAUGACCGGUAUGACUAGUUGCUUCAUUAUAUGGACAGCACUUUCCGCAACAUAUUUAAGGACGGGAGAGAAGAAUUUUGGAAUUGGCGUUCUGGUCAUGAUCUUCAUCUUCAAUUUCUUCAACUCAAUUUGUUGGAUCCCCUUGGUCAUUACGUACCCGCUUGAGACUGUCACUACCAAACAGAGGAGCCUGUUCUUCGCCUUCACGAUGCUUACUAUCAAUGCUUCAUCAUUCGUCGCCAGCUUUAUCAACCCGAUCGGGAUUCAAAAUCUGUCAUGGCGCUAUUACAUCGUCCAGUGUGUAUUCAAUGCCCUGCUCACUGCCAUCAUCUACUUUACGUUCGCGGAGACACAUGGCCUUACACUGGAAGAAAUCGCCGUCAUCUUCGACGGUGAGGAAAGGUUUCGAGAUGCCAUUGCUACAAUUGAGCUUGAUAAAGCAGGGUUUGAGGAUGCACAUAAAGAGGAGGUUGUGGAACGAAAGGUCUAA